UCUGACAUGCUCCCUUCAGAGAGCAGGCUGGGAGCAGGGAUUGCAGACACAGGCAGGCUAUGGAGAUCAAGGAGACGAUGGAAAUUGUCACGCAAGAAGCUCUGCUCCGAGCACCAGCAGUGGACUACCAUGCCCUGGACCCGGAGUUUGUGGGCUGCCCCUGCUGCGGCUGCUGUGACUGCUGCGGCUGCGACUGCUGCGGCUCCUGCCCCACCUGCUGCGGCUGCUGCCCCAACUGCUGCCCCAGCUGCUGCCCCCCCAGCUGCGCCUGCUGCUGCCGCUGGUGCUGCUGCCUGCCCAGGCUCCUGCUCCAUCUGCCCAAGAUGCCCAGCUGCCCCGUGCACAUCAAGAGGCUCCUGAUCAUCGUGGUGAUCGUCGUCCUCAUCGUGGUGAUCAUUGUGGGGGCUCUUCUGAUGGGCCUGUACGUCACCCAGGCGCACACGGAGGCGGUUUUGCAGAUGACCAUCGAGGGCCUGGAAGGAGGAGACUCGCAGCUGAACCUCCCUGUCAAUAUGGAAGAAGCGGCCACUUUCUACGUCAAGGACCAGACUAACGACCCAGCCACAGUCAUUUAUGACUUCAGUAAGUUGCUGAUUGGCUACAAACCUUGGCCCGGACACGCCUGCUAUGUCACCAAGAUGGACAAGGAGAACAUCCAAGGCCUGGACAUGAUCCUCAAGGAAUUCCAGACUUCUCUGAGGGAGAAGGAGGCAGUCCUGACAACUCUGGUUGAUCGCUCCAUCCUGGGCACCACAUUUAACAUCCUCUGCAGUCACGUUCCAGUCUUUCAGACUUAGCGAGGUACAUGCUGGAAGCGCUUCAACUCUCCGGAGAAUUGCAAGAAUGCGGCUUCCCCUGGACUUCCCUUGCACAGAGCCCAUCCUCAGGUGGCUUUCUGGGUUUUUGCUUCAGGAGGCAUCACACAGCUAAUUCUGUAAGAGA